CAGCCGCCUUGACGUCUGGGAUUUGUAGUCUCCGCGGGUGUACUAUAAAAGCCUGAGGAUGACGUCACAGCGUGUUCAGGUUCUGCUCGGAUUAAACAUGGCUCCGUCCCCCGCGCUGCGGUGCUGUAAGAAGACGUUGAACUGGGUCCCUGCGCUCUUCAUAAACCUGGUUGUCGGCUGGUCUUAUUACGCUUAUGUCGUAGAACUCUGUGUGUAUACAAUCAAAAAUGAUGCAGAGCGAAUCAUGUACUUGGUCAUCUUCCACAUGUUCCUCUUCAUGUUCAUUUGGACCUACUGGAAAACAAUCUGGUCCAAACCUGCUAGCCCCUGUAAAGUGUUCUCUCUGCCCAGACCAGAGAAAGAGCAGUUUGAGAGAGAGGAACGACCUGAGAAACAACAAGAGAUUCUGAAGAAAGUGGUGAAGAAUUUGCCUGUGUACACACGCACUGCAGGAGGAGCCAUCAAAUAUUGUGACCAGUGCCAGAUCAUCAAACCUGAUCGCUGCCAUCACUGUUCUACAUGUGAAAAGUGUGUGUUGAAAAUGGACCAUCACUGUCCCUGGGUGAAUAAUUGUGUUGGAUUCUCAAACUACAAGUUCUUUAUCUUGUUCCUGGCCUACGCUGCACUCUACUGUGCAGUAAUCUGUGCCACAGUUGUCCAAUAUUUCAUCAAAAUCUGGACUAGUGACAAGAAACAGCAGCCAGACAUGCACACGAAAUUCAACAUCCUUUUUCUGUUUUUCGUGGCGGCCUUGUUCUUCAUAAGCGUCUUGUGCCUUCUCAGCUACCACCUAUGGCUUGUGGGAAAGAAUAGAACCACUAUAGAGGCUUUAAGGGCUCCUAUCUUUAUUAAUGGUCCAGACAAGAACGGGUUUUCUCUGGGCUUCAGACGGAAUGUAGCCGAGGUGUUUGGGGACGAAGUGAAGUACUGGAUGUUUCCUGUUUUCUCAAGUUUGGGAGAUGGCAAUUCCUUUGUCACCAGACUGGUGCAUAUAGACCCUGAACAAGCUAACAAUGUCCUCCAGCAAAACGGCAAAAGUCCCGUUGAUGGAGAGACGAUCCCUCCUGUGCUUGGUAAUAAUGCGCAGUUCCCAGCUGAUGAUGAUGGCAAAGACAAACCUGACACAGGACAGACAGUGACAGUGGAGAAUGAAUUGUAGCAGUUUGUUGUCUGUUGUGCAGGUCACCAUCACAUCAAUCAUUUAAAGGGCAAGUUCACUUUUUACAAUCCUAGUCAUAUUAAAACAUGGUUACCAAUCAAGCCUUUGAGUGUUUUACACACCUUUGACAACUGCAUUGUGUGAAAGGAUUCCCAUUUUAGAAAAACCUCUGUAAAAGGAAUAGGCUGUCAG